AUGUCCUGCUACGACCUGUGCUCCAGCGCCGGCUCCGGCGUGCUGCGGCCCCAGCCCCUGGCUGACAGCGGGAACGAGCCCUGCGUGCGCCAGUGCCCCGACUCCACCACCGUCAUCCAGCCUCCCGCCGUGGUGGUCACCUUCCCCGGGCCCAUCCUCAGCUCCUUCCCGCAGGAUUCCGUGGUGGGAUCGGCUGGAGCACCCGUCCUUGCAGCCUCUGGGGGCUACGGGGGUUAUGGCUCCCUGGGCUAUGGGGGAUUUGGAUCUGCUGGAUAUGGGGGUUAUGGAUAUGGGGGCUAUGGGGGAUUUGGAUCCCUGGGCUAUGGGGGUUAUGGAUAUGGGGGCUAUGGGGGUCUCUGUGGAUAUGGGGGCUCCUCCCUGGGCUCCUUUGGGGGUCUGGGCUCCUGUGGGGGGUUCCGUGGCCUGUACGGCUCUGGCCGAUCCUCUGGCUACUGCGGCCCUUGGUCCGGCCGCUACAGCCGCUACGGCCGCGGCAGCUGUGGCUCCUGCUAA